AUGCAAGUACAGGUCAGGAAGCAAGACGCCGCCAACAACUUCGCCAGAGGACAUUACACCGUCGGCAAGGAGAUCGUAGAUCUGUGCUUAGAUCGUGUCAGAAAGUUAGCUGAUAACUGCACAGGCUUGCAAGGGUUUCUUGUCUUCAGCGUCGUCGGUGGCGGCACUGGCUCUAGUCUCGGCUCACUCUUGUUGGAACGCUUAUCCGUCGAUUACGGCAAGAAAUCGAAGCUCGAUUUCACCAUUUACCCUUCGCCACAGGUUUCAACGGCGGUUGUUGAGCCAUAUAACAGUGUUCUCUCCACUCAUUCGCUGCUUGAGCACACCGAUGUGGCUGUGCUCUUGGACAAUGAAGCGAUCUAUGAUAUUUGUAGGAGGUCGCUUGAUAUUGAGAGGCCUACUUAUACCAAUUUGAAUAGGUUGAUUUCUCAUAUCAUUUCAUCUUUGACAACCUCGUUGAGGUUUGAUGGUGCUAUUAAUGUUGAUAUUACUGAGUUCCAGACUAAUCUUGUGCCUUAUCCUCGAAUUCAUUUCAUGCUUUACUCUUAUGCACCUGUUAUCUCUGCUGCCAAGGCAUACCAUGACCUGAGAUGUCAAUGA